CUCCAUAAGUCGCACAGCAGAAGCGCCUCAGCAGCGUCCGACGACUCCGGGUGGCAGAAGCAAAGGAGUAGGAAGCACCGCAGGGCCAAGCCUCCUCCGAUGCCGCAGCCAGGUCAACCGGGGUCCCUAGACGAUCGGCUUCGCGAGGGCUUAAGCGGUUCCGGGGUUAAAUGGUACCUCCGGUACCUCGGGCGAGGCAAACCCUUGAAGCCAGAGCCAUGGCAGAGGUCAGAAUGGAGAUUGAGAAUGAGGGACGUGAAAGACACAGGAAAGGCGACAAACCCGCACCCGCCGAUAGGUGGAAGAGCGGGCCCAACAAACAGGCACACUUACCCGCACCUGCUGAAAAGCAGAAGAGCGGGCCACAGCGACAACAGCAGCACAGACCCGCGCCCGCUGAAAAGCGGAGAAGCGAGGAACCAACAGGCUCCAACAAAAGAGGUAGCAACCAGGUCACUCCGCCAGAGACACCGGGCACCAAACGUGUCCAGCUCCGUAGAGGAGAACGGGCUCAGACUAUUUCUGGGCAUAGAUGAGCAAUCUUACGUCAGCAUCAAGAGGGCUUGCUUCAACCUAAAUUAUAGGUUCAGUUUCGUCACGACACCAACUCCAGCAAGCACGUCCGAGCCAGCCACCACCACCAAGCCAGCGGAAGACGUGCCAUCCAAGCAGGAGUUGCUAUCAGGCAUCGACUUCAGGCGACUUGAGCUCGAUAGGAGAAGCGAGAGCGAACUGCAACUCUCCGAUCUCGAAGAGCCCCAACUAUGA